AUGGAGAAGCCGUCAUUUCCUAGAAGGUUUUUCAGCAAAGGUUCCGAGCCUGCAUCCGAGAAGAGCAUCGGAUACUACAGCAACAACACUAAGCUGUUUGAGAGUCUUGUCGCUCUCUUCACCGACGAUGAAUGGGCUGAGCUCGAGGGAUCUCCGCUCGGUGUCUUCUUCAGAUUCGCGAGGAGGACUUUCAAUUGGGCAUCAAUGAUUGUGAAGUGUAUCCUUACAUGUCAAAUAGCGUGCAAGAAACCCUUUGAGAUAUGGAGUGUGGUUGGGCACAACCCUGUAAGGUUCUCGUUAAACGAGUUUGCACACAUAACCGGUUUGAACUGCGAGUACACGGAGAAUCUCCAGACCCCCUCCUGUGCUGACGUUGAUGAAGAUGAGUUCUCUGAGUUUUGGCAUAAACUCGGUGUUCCUCUCACCAGUGGUCCUUCAAUUGAUAACCUAAUCCGAGCAUGCGGAUGGGCCCAAGACUGGUCAGCGGAGGACAAAAAGAGACUGGCUUAUUUAGCCGUGUACGCUGGUUUCAUUAUCGCAGCGAGGGAAAGUACUGCUACGCCGCUGGGGAUGGCAAAGUUGGUAAUGGACCUAGAAGAGUUCGAGGCUUAUCCUUGGGGGAGGGUAGCCUUCUUGAACCUCAUUCAAUCUGUGAAAAGCGCCAACCUCAGCAAGCACUACGUUCUGUGCGGGUUUGUUGAAGUUCUUCAACUGUGGACCUACUACGCUAUGCCCACCUUCGGCGAAGAAUACGGUGAUCCCUAUGCCGCUCCGCAAUCUCCGCCUUUGAUGGCAUUCAGGGGAAUGAAAGGGCGUAAGAAUAUAAUGCCUCGACUUCUUGCGCAGGUACGUAAUGAGUUCAAUAAGAAAUGGUGGGACAACGACGUGGAGGAUGAUGACGUCGAUAACGUCAUCAAGGCCUUGUAUGGUGAGCUGGGUGGAGUGUGGAGAUGGAAGCCAUCCGACUGGAUCCGCGAAGGAAUAAUGGUUUUGGAUAACGUGAAGGCAGAGAAGGGUUUUCCCAGGAAGAGACUGCUGGAUUCAGAUGACCUGUCCGUGAAGAGACCAUGCCAUGCCUAUGGGAUGGAAGGACAGUCCUCCGACGCUGGUUUGGGGACAAUCCAGUCCGCAUUGCAGGCAAUGUUUGAUCAGUUCACUGUGUAUCAGUCAGGUCAAAUCACCAACCGGUUCGAUAGGCUCGAAUACAAGGUCGAGCUCCUCACCAACCAGGUGACCUCGCUGGAGUCUGCUGUCGAGAAGCUUAGACAGGGCUCAUCGGAAGAUACAGCAGAUAAGGAGCAUGACAAGUCCAACGAGGCUGUUGGAGGAGAAGGAAAGGAAGAAGAGCCGGCCGGUGCUGCAAAGGUUCACGCAGACGCUAAGGUCCCCGAACCUUCUAAGGUUCCCGGAAGCUUCUAA